AUGUCCAUAUUCAGCAAACGGUACCAGUGUCUGCAGCUAGUGAAAACGGAAGCAGAGGACAUAAUCAAUUACGCUGGCAAAGUCAACCGUGCUUGCGAGGAUUUUGACUUCAAAAACAUGAAAAUUGAUCAAUUCAAAUGCUUGGUGUUUGUCUGUGGUCUCAGAGGUCAUGGCUACGCAGACAUUAGAGCAAGACUACUCUCCAGAAUCGAAAACGAGGUAGCAGGGACACCCGUCACUCUUCAAACCCUGAUCGACGACUAUCAACGGCUCGUCAAUCUUCAAGCGGACACUUCCAUGAUCGAGCGUCCAUCAUUCUCGAGAUCAACGGUGCACGCACUUCAAGAGAAGAAUGACAGAGGAAUUCAUCGUCAGAAACAGCCAUCGAAGCCGGAAAGUAAAACUCCCCGCACCCCUUGUUGGCAAUGUGGACAAAUGCACUAUGUUCGGGAUUGUUCAUUCGCAAAUCACAUGUGUAAAGAGUGCAAGCGGGUUGGCCACAAAGAGGGUUAUUGCAGCUGCUUUUCCAAGCAAAAAUCAGUGAAACCGGAAGAGGGGAAAAUGUCAUCAUUCAAAUCCAGCAAAUCCACCAGAAAAGCAAAAUCCCGAGACGUAUAUGUUGUGAACCACAUCGCUCAACAUUCAAACAAGCGAAAGUACGUACCCACAUUCAUUAAUGACGUAGCAACCAAGCUACAAUUGGAUACACCGAGCGACAUCAUGGUGAUCUCGAAACAAACGUGGAACUAUGUACUUGGGAAGACCUGCAAUCAAGAAACCAACUAUUCAAGCCAUGAACGCAUCAGGCAAGCCGCUCAAGUUCAUGGGCGGAUUCCAAUGCGAAAUAUGCAUCAACGACAGAAGCACUCCAGAACGCUGUUUUGUAACAUCUACUGCCAACCUCAACCUCAUGGGCAUCGACUGGAUAGAAACGUUCGGACUAUGGUCAAUUCCCAUCGACUCGGUCUGCAAUCAAAUCAAGAUGAAGUCGCUCGAUCAGCAAGUUCGUGA